GUUGUUUACUUCCGGUAAUGGACGACGAAAAAAGUUAAAGACGCCGACUGCAUAGAGACUGAAGAGAUUUCAGUAUUUGGCUGCAUAACAGGUUUGACUAUGAAGUGUAUUGAGAUGGAGUAAAGCUACAAGUUAAGAACUGAAACCAUGAAUUCUAUUUUGGGCGGAUCACCUGCUCCUGUCGCAUAUGAACGGAAUAUACCAGGGAGUGCAAGACGACCGUCCAGUGGCAGACCUCCCAGUGCUAAACCCAACACCUCACGCAACCCAAUCACAGGAGAGGUGCAUGAGAAUCGGCCCGUAUCAAGACAAGUAUCCAGACCAGAAAGUCGUCCACAAGGUGUUCCAGCUUUGAAUUUGAAUUGCUUCACAAGAGAUGCUGAGGUGACUCGUCCAAUUCGUGUGGAUGACUAUGCCUUAGACACACCAGGUUCUGCUGGCACUUCUGUUAGUUGGGGCACACCAUGUGGAACAGACAGAAGUGAGUUCAAGUCUGCCCGAGCACAGCAUCAGUACGAUUCCUGGGGGCGGGGUGAGGCAGCAUCUAGGGGGCAGGGCAAUGGGAGGAGCAGUCGACCUGAGGACGUCCCAGAACUUAAGCUGGGAGAAGAUCUACAACCAAGGUCAAAGGUCAAGACACCUAAACCUAAGACACCCAAAGAGCCAUCUGCCUGGGACAAAGUUCCACUUCCAGACGAGUUGCCUCCUCCCUCCGCCAAACACCAACAGAUGUAUAAACAGUACGAGAAUGAGAUGAAACACUCCUACAGGACUAAAGGUUACGUGACAGAGGAAGAUGUAGACAGAGAAGUUGCAGUGAUGAAACAUGCCCGUCCAGUAACGUAUGGUGAUGUACGAGAUGAGGUGGAUCGGGAGGAUUUAGGGGAUAGCGCCGACGAAGACGAUGUCAUUGAUUAUCAGUGGGCAAGUCAGAAAUCCUACUCCACGAAACAAAUCCUGAAGAAGAUGGAUGCGGAGGAGAUGCUGGAAUUCAACAAAAAGCAGAAGUUGAUUGAGACAGUCAUGGUAGAUCAGCUGUCAAGGGCUGUGAUCAGUGACCCAGAUCAGAACACCAGGAGUUCCAGCAGGAUGGCUGACACCCGUCGAGCUCGGGGGUCCAACAGGUCUUUACAUGACUCGAAAGUGAAAACCAAAAAUACAGCCACGGAAAAACUUUUGUCCCAGAGAAUUCGCUUUGGUGCUAGGGUGGUUACCAGGAAUGGGCAUGAUGCAAUGAGAGAACUGACUGGAUUUUACUUCAGCUCUGAUAAUACAUUAACGAUAUAUGAGUUCAGACAGUUUGGUAAAAGUGCAAAGGCUUUGCCAUUCAUCGUUCGAGGUAAAUACUGCCAUGUACACGGGCCACGGAAGGAUGAGCCGUAUACUUUAGCAGACAUUUCACAGGGUUCCACGCUAAUAAUCCCUUCUGAAGGCCAACACUCCUUACCAGACACACUGAAGAGACAGGAUCUGAUUUAUUUCACCCUGACAGACGUGGAGGAAGAGGACAAACAAAAUGCUCUUUUAAGUGAUGUUCGGCCUUCAGCAAGAAUGGAUGCCUAUGCUAAGCUCCAUAUACAGAACAAACAUGAGUACGAAGAUCGUAUCUUCUUGUCAACUCUCCAAGCUGAAGUGAGGAAAAAGCUGAAAAAGAGAGGUGUUAGGACGAUGACAGGCCUCGGGCGACACUACAGAAAGGUUGACAAGAGGGGUACAGGAGUACUCUACAAGUACGAACUAGAAGAGGGCAUCAUCAAGUUCCGUAUAGACCUUACACCUGAUCAACUUGAUGGCGUGUUCGAGAUUUUGGAUCCAGAGGAGCGAGGAGAGCUCGACUAUACAGUUUAUAUCCAUGGUGUAAUCGGCACAAUGAACGAGUAUCGCAAGGCCCUUGUCAGGAAGGCUUUUAGGAAAAUUGAUGCAGGUAAAAGAGGUAGGAUCACUCUAAAUGAGAUCAAGAAAUUUUUCAACUCAAGUUUCCGGCCACAUCUACACCCAGCAAUCUCGGGUGAUCCAUCUAAAAGUGCACUUCAUGCCUUCAUUGAAAAUGUACAGGAGAGUUCAAGCCAGGAGGAAGUCACCUACGAGGAAUUUGAGGAUUACUACGAAGGUCUCAGUAUAGCUGUGGAUAGUGAUGAUGACUUCGCCAACAUUCUCCGCAACACAUGGAGUAUAUAAACUGUCACUGGAAAUUAAGAUUUAAGAUAUUGCAUAUGUUUAUUCGGCGAGAUCGUAAUCAUAUUUUCUUUCAUCUUGUGUAGAUUUUGCUUUUAAAUGUUGGUAACAUUAACAAUCGUUAAGAGAUGUUUAGCCACAACAUUACCAGAGCAUCUUUAACUGAUGACAUUAGAUAUAAGAUUAUUUUUCACUGGAGACAAUUUAGAUGUACCUAAUGAAUAUAUUAUUUUUGUCAUCAAUGUCUGAACAUUUGAGGUGAUAUUCUCAUUCAGAAUUGGUAUUCAGACAGUUUAGCUUCGUGUCUGACAUAAGUACAGUCAUGAUAUGGUGGGUUUUUUAUCAUCUGUAAAAUGUCGUCUUUAUAUUAGGCUAUUGGUUCUACUGGUGCUGAAACAAUAGGUUUUUUAACCAUUGUACAAUGCUUAUUAAUUAUUCAGGUUUUUUUUUAAUGCAAGUCAUUUCAAAAUUGUUAAAUGAAGCUUGAUAAUCUUCAGUAUAUUUUCUUAUUGUUUUACUCCAGACUGUAUAGAACCUAGAAAUGUGUAGUUAUGUGGGAGGUACAUUAGUAUGAUGCUUUUAAUCAAAUACACCAAACCAUCAACUUUUUUUAUCUGUAUGGACCAAAUCUCUUCAUAAGAACUUCUGUUUAUAGAGUAUCAUUUAUAUGUUGGAUGUUGAAAUGAAACCAGAAGGUAUUAAAUUCCUAUUAAGCUUCAUAGAAAUUAGGAAGUUGUAGAAUACUGUAAUAUCUUGUGAUUUUAUUGAUAUUUUAUGUGAACUACAUUGUUUGUAUUUACAUUCCGAGAGUUAAUUUUGAUGAAACUAUCUUGCUUGUGUUUAUUUUAGGCUUGAGAAGGGGGCUGUGUUGGUUGAGUGGUAAAGGUAUCCUAACACUUUAUCACUAGCCCUCCACCUCUGGGUCACAAGUUUGAAACCCAUGUGGGGCAAUUGUCUGGUACUGACCGUAGGCCGAUAUUAUUUCUCCGCGUACUCCGGAUUUCCUCCAUCUUCAAAGCCUAGCACGUCAAUAUAGGCUUGGAUUCACUGUAAUGAAUAUAUCCGUUCAGAUAAUAUUACACAUUCCUCCCUAAGGCUGCGAUUCCUGCUAUUUAUAGGCCUGAUAUGGCCGACCUUUCACAGGGAUUUUUUACGCUGAAUGGUAUACAAAGGCCCAUUUUUUGCCUUCGUCUCAGAUUUUAUUUAAACUCUAUGUUUUGUAAUGUGUAUAAAUGUGUCGUGAUGGUAUACUGAUAUGUAAUUAAUCUGUGCACUUCUAAGUAUGGAAUAUUGGCCUUCUACAGCUUUUCACAUCUGAUGUGCUCUUUAUAUAUCAUAAAGUAUACGGCUAACCUCAUGAUGAUAUUUAAGGCUGUACCAUGUUGUUUAACAUUUACUUGAUUAUGAUACAUUGUACCCAUCCCGAGAUGAUCCUCUGUGUACAUGUCUCUGGUUAGCAGACUCUUAUCAAAACCAGGGUUGGACUAACAAAUGUUGUCUUACCUUGCUGUUGGAAAAUUAUAGGUGGGGUGAAUUGUCCUACACAGUUAAUUUGUCUGCAAUUUGAAUAGGGUAAAUGUUUUCAUUGAAGACAGAUCAUUGUAAGCUAGUCCGAGUUUAGUAGUGAGCAGUGUUUGUAUUGUAAACUGUCAGGUACAUCACAAUAAGUUUUUGACAUUCCAGAACCCAUCUAUUAAGUAAUAUAUAUAUCCUGUACAAAUAAGAUACAGUUUCUCUGCUCAGGAGUGUGAUGUCAAUAUGUUGUGUUACUUUUGUGUCAGAAAAGGUAACUUAUUGGCUAAAUAUGGAGAAGUGAUGAAACAACACUCAACUGUUCCUUUGAACUGAUGGCUGUUUAUCCUUUUAUCAUUUGGUUGCAGAGAGCUGAUGACAUGAGAAGCAUUUCGUUAUGUACUAAACCGGUAAAUUUACCGGUAUGUAUACUGUAAACUUAAUCCUUAUCAGCUUUCAGCAUGAUAACUGCAAAAAUAAGAUCACCACUAAAACAUGUGCGUUUACAGUAUAUAUACAAGUAACAUAAAGCUCAAUUAGAAUAAACAAUAACCCAGUA